AUGUUGUUGGCUCUUAAGGCAUUUACUGAUCAGAAAAGGCGAUUCUUUCCCCACCUUGAUGAUGGUUGUUGUAUGGAAACUGCUUCAAAGAAACAUUGCAGUGCAUCAGCAGUAUGUCACCAAGAAGAGCUUAGUGAUUUGAGAACCUUGUCAGAUAUUUUACUGCAUCUAGAAAAAGAGGUGCCAAACGUGAACAUUUUCACUUACCAACGGUUGGAUUGGUUAAAACGAGCUUCCUUGCUGCCCUCUUCAGCCUAUCAGAGUUCAAUUGUAUCAUCAAAAGAACAUAACUUUCAUGGUGCAAACAACCUAAGACAAGGAUCAGAUGGUACUGUUGAUGCGGAUAAGGUUGCUGUAAUCGAGUUGCUGUUUCCUUCUGUUUUUAGAGCUAUAGUAUCAUUGCAUCCAGCCGGUUCAAUUGAGCCCGAUGCAUUAGCCUUCUUUUCCCCGGAUGAGUGCUUACUGUGGUGGGAGGAGGGGUUGCACAGCAGGAUUGGGAUGAGCUGGAGCCGCCUCUGCCGGUGCCGUGGGCCUGCUAUCCUCCGGGCCUGUGCAUUCCGCCCGAUACAAGAAGCUGCCCUCAUAGAAAAUAAAAAAGUCCAAGUAGAAUUGCAACACAGGCCACUACUGAAACUACAAGGCAAAAAAUCAGCUACACACCACGAAGAAAAUUAG